CCAUGCGGGGGCUCCUGGCGCCGCAGAACACCUUCCUGGACACCAUCGCCACGCGCUUCGACGGGACGCACAGUAACUUCGUGCUGGGCAACGCCCAGGUGGCAGGGCUUUUCCCCGUGGUCUACUGCUCUGAUGGCUUCUGUGACCUCACGGGCUUCUCCAGGGCUGAGGUCAUGCAGCGGGGCUGUGCCUGCUCCUUCCUCUAUGGACCAGACACCAGUGAGCUGGUCCGCCAACAGAUCCGCAAGGCCCUGGAUGAACACAAAGAAUUCAAGGCUGAACUGAUCCUGUACCGGAAGAGCGGGCUUCCAUUCUGGUGUCUCCUGGAUGUGAUACCUAUAAAAAACGAGAAGGGGGAGGUGGCCCUCUUCCUGGUCUCUCACAAGGACAUCAGCGACACCAAGAACCGAGGAGGCCCUGACAACUGGAAGGAGAGAGGUGGCGGCCGGCGCCGAUAUGGCCGGGCGGGAAGCAAAGGCUUUAACGCCAAUCGGCGGCGGAGCCGAGCUGUUCUCUAUCACCUCUCUGGCCAUCUGCAGAAGCAGCCGAAGGGCAAACACAAGCUCAAUAAGGGAGUGUUUGGAGAAAAGCCAAAUUUGCCUGAAUAUAAAGUCGCUGCCGUCCGGAAGUCGCCCUUCAUCCUGCUGCACUGUGGGGCCCUGAGAGCUACCUGGGAUGGCUUCAUCCUGCUGGCCACACUCUACGUGGCUGUCACCGUGCCGUACAGCGUGUGUGUGAGCACCGCACGGGAGCCCAGUGCGGCCCGUGGUCCCCCUAGUGUCUGUGACCUGGCUGUGGAGGUUCUCUUCAUCCUCGAUAUUGUGCUGAAUUUUCGUACCACAUUCGUGUCCAAGUCAGGCCAGGUGGUAUUUGCCCCGAAGUCCAUCUGCCUCCACUACGUCACCACCUGGUUCCUGCUGGAUGUCAUAGCCGCGCUGCCCUUUGACCUACUACACGCCUUCAAGGUCAACGUGUACGUCGGGGCUCACCUGCUGAAGACCGUGAGGCUGCUGCGCCUCCUGCGCCUGCUGCCCAGACUGGACCGGUACUCCCAGUACAGCGCCGUGGUGCUCACCUUGCUCAUGGCUGUGUUCGCGCUCCUGGCCCACUGGGUGGCCUGCGUCUGGUUCUACAUCGGCCAACAGGAGAUCGAGAGCAGCGAAUCCGAGCUGCCUGAGAUCGGCUGGCUGCAGGAGCUGGCGCGCAGGCUGGAGACCCCCUACUACCUGGUGAGCCAGAGUUCAGAUGGAGGGAACACCUCGGGCCAGAGUGAAAACUGCAGCAGCAGGAGCGGCAGCGGCGGCGGCGGCGAAGCCAACGGGACCGGGCUGGAGCUUCUGGGUGGCCCGUCCCUGCGCAGCGCCUACAUCACCUCCCUUUACUUCGCGCUCAGCAGUCUUACCAGUGUGGGCUUCGGCAAUGUGUCCGCUAACACAGACACCGAGAAGAUCUUCUCCAUCUGCACCAUGCUUAUUGGAGCCCUGAUGCAUGCCGUGGUGUUUGGGAACGUGACGGCCAUCAUCCAGCGCAUGUAUGCUCGCCGCUUUCUGUACCACAGCCGCACCCGGGACCUGCGAGACUACAUCCGCAUCCACCGCAUCCCCAAGCCCCUCAAGCAGCGCAUGCUUGAGUACUUCCAAGCCACCUGGGCUGUGAACAACGGCAUCGACACCACUGAGCUGCUGCAGAGUCUCCCGGAUGAGCUUCGGGCGGACAUCGCCAUGCAUCUGCACAAGGAGGUCCUGCAGCUGCCCCUGUUCGAGGCGGCGAGCCGCGGCUGCCUGCGGGCGCUGUCCCUGGCGCUGAGGCCUGCCUUCUGCACACCCGGCGAGUACCUCAUUCACCAAGGCGAUGCUCUCCAGGCCCUCUACUUUGUCUGCUCGGGUUCCAUGGAGGUCCUCAAAGGUGGCACCGUGCUUGCCAUUCUAGGGAAGGGUGAUCUGAUCGGCUGUGAGCUGCCCCAGCGGGAGCAGGUGGUGAAGGCCAACGCCGACGUGAAGGGGCUGACGUACUGCGUCCUCCAGUGUCUGCAGCUGGCCGGGCUGCACGAGAGCCUUGCCCUGUACCCGGAGUUUGCCCCACGCUUUAGCCGUGGCCUCCGAGGGGAGCUCAGCUACAACCUGGGGGCUGGGGGAGUCUCUGCAGAGGUGGAUACCAGCUCCUUGAGCGGUGACAACACUCUGAUGUCCACCCUGGAGGAGAAGGAGACGGAUGGGGAGCAGGGACACACAGUCUCACCAGCCCCAGCGGAUGAGCCCUCCAGUCCCCUGCUGUCCCCUGGCUGCACCUCCUCCUCCUCAGCUGCCAAACUACUGUCCCCACGUCGAACUGCACCCAGACCACGUCUAGGUGGCAGAGGGCGGCCAAGCAGGGCAGGGGUUCUGAAGCCCGAGGCUGGCCCCUCUGCUCACCCACGGACCCUCGAUGGGCUGCGGCUGCCCCCCAUGCCAUGGAAUGUACCCCCAGACCUGAGCCCCAGGGUCGUAGAUGGCAUUGAGGAUGGCUGUGGCUCUGACCAGCACAAGUUCUCUUUCCGAGUGGGUCAGUCUGGCCCAGAAUGUAGCAGCAGCCCCUCUCCGGGACAAGAGAGUGGCCUGCUCACCGUCCCCUCGGGGCCCAGUGAGACAAGGAGCGCGGACACGCUGGACAAGCUGCGGCAGGCGGUGGUGGAGCUGUCUGAACAGGUGCUGCAGAUGCGGGAGGGGCUGCAGUCACUCCGCCAGGCCGUGCACCUCAUCUUGGCGCCCCAAGGGGAAGGCCAGUGUCCCGGGGCAUCAGGAGAGGGGCCGUGCCCGGCCACUGCCUCUGGGCUCCUCCAGCCCCUGCGUGUGGACACCGGGGCACCCUCCUACUGCCUGCAGCCCCCCGCAGGUUCUGUCUUGAGUGGGACCUGGCCGCACCCUCGCCCAGGGCACCCUCCUCCCCUCAUGGCACCCUGGCCAUGGGGCCCCCCUGCAUCUCAGAGCUCCCCUUGGCCUCGCGCCACAGCUUUAUGGACCUCCACCUCAGACUCGGAGCCCCCUGGCUCUGGAGACCUCUGCUCUGAGCCGAGCACCCCAGCAUCACCCCCUCCUUCUGAGGAAGCGGCUAGGACUGGGACCCCAGCACCUGUGAGCCAGGCUGAGGCUACCAGUACUGGAGAGCCCCCUCCGGGGUCAGGAAGCCGGGCCCUGCCCUGGGAUCCCCACAGCCUAGAGAUGGUGCUCAUUGGCUGCCACGGUCCCGGCACAGUCCAGUGGAGCCAGGAAGAAGGCACAGGGGUCUGAGUGCUGUGGAGAUCGAGACUGCACUCACCCCCCAACCUGGGCUCCGCCUCGCCUCACAGCUGCACACUGCCCGCUGGCUCAGGGCAGGGAGCCCGAGAAGUGGGGAAGCUUAGCCCAGCCUGAGGGUGAGCUGGAGCCUCAGGCAGGCCCCAGACGAGGGAGGGGUCCACAGGUUCUGCUCCACUGACCUGCUUGUUCCCCUCCACCAGAUGGGGGCAGAGGCCUGAGGACAAGGAGGGGUCUGCCAUUCCUUGCAUGUGCCUGUCUCCACCUGUCCUCAUGUUUUUUAUAUUAAAAAACAUAAAAAAUAAAAGAAACUACUUUGGAA